AUGAGCAGCGCAGACGUCAUAGAUGCUCUUUUCGUCAAAACAGUCGACAUGGUCCAGUCGCUCCCAAAGUCUGGACCAAUACAAACAUCGUACGAGGAGAAGCUAGCUCUCUACAGUCUCUACAAGCAAGCGACCGAGGGAGAUGUCCAGUCGAAGCGCCCAGGUAUGCUCGAUAUGCUCGGAAGGGCAAAGUGGGACGCCUGGUCCAAAGUCAGUGGGAUGCCCCCCCGAGAUGCAAAGCAGAUGUAUGUCGAGUCGAUGCUCAGGAUCUUGCGACGUUUCAGCGAUCGCCCGCAGGCAGCUGCACUCAUCGAAGAGCUCGAAAACUUCUCAGGUCAGGUAGCCCAGCGUCUCAUGGACGGCUCAUUGGCUCAAGUCGACUCGGAUGAGCAGUCCAUCACCGACACGCAAUCCGACGAUCAGCAACGUCUCGAUCCGACAAGUCUACACCAGCCACCAUCGGGUCCUUCUCGCGCCGCACAGCCUCACUUGCCCCGACACCUUGCUCCUACAGCUCCAUCUAUCACAGCUCCAUCUAUCACAGCUACCAGCACCGCUGCCACUCGUGGAGCUGGCCAUCCUUCCGCAGUCUCUCCUGGCAGAACACCGAUGGCUUCCGAGUCCGAGGAGGAGACAUCAGAAGACGACCGUCUCGGCUCUCAGCCUGGACCAUUCAGAGGCGCAUCUCGGCAUCCCGCACCACACAGGCCAUCUUCCGUCCAGUCCUAUCGACCUCAGCCUCGAGCAGGCUCUAUUUCGGCAACAGAAGGCUACAACAGGCGUCCACCCUCGCGCUCGCAGGUAUCGGCACUAGCUCAGUACGAGAGCUCACAAGGCCUUCGUCCUCGUGGCCCGCCCUCCUUGCAGGGCGGCUACUCACGCCCACAGUAUGCACCGAAAUCCACUGCUGCGUCCGUAGCAGGCUCCAACUACCCACGUCAAGGCGAGCCAGGCGAUUAUCAGCGCAGCACGUAUGCCGCUUCAUCUGUCGGUGGUCGUUCGGUUGGAAGGAGAACCGGACCGCCUCCCAUCUAUCCACCACGCCCUCCCUCGAAUGCAGGCACCGCACGACCGCAGCCACGUCCUGAGAUGGAGAUGGCACUUGAAUCUAUCCAAGCAUCUCUCGCAGCACUUCAUGAGCGUCUCAACCGCGUCGAGGGCCGCUCCUCAGGAGCUAGUCCGGAUGACCCACGACGAGCCGGCUCCGGUCAGUCGAGCAGCGCACGUCUCUACACUGCCAUUAUGAACGUCGUCGAGGACAUCAAGCACCUCAUCGGUCUCAAUGUAGUCGCACGCGGCGCUCGAUCUGAGGCGCUGGCACCAAGUUUCCUCGCUCAAGGCGGAGCUUGGGACAACGGCAGCAAGACUGCUUACCACCUUUUCACUUGGCCAGUUAGAAUCUUGGUGGCAUUGGUCAAGUUGAGCGCUAGACUGGCACUCGACUUGAUCAGUCUUGUGCUUGUCUCGAGUUUUUUUCUGUUUGCCUUGAAGCGAAUCACAGGUCGUGGCGAUGCAUUGUUGAUGAUACGUAUCCUGAAGCGACUGCAGCAAGCGAUCCUCAGAAGAUCUCCCAGAGCAAAGCAGUUCGUUGACCAAGCAACUGCUUGA